GGAUUACAGUUUACAGUUUCAUGCUGUUUAUUUAAAAAAAAAUCACAACUAUCCAACUAAUAUAACAUGAUUAGACAGAUGUUUGCACACGUUUGGACAGCAUUUGGUGAGGUUGGCUGAAAGAUUCGAGAAAUGAACAAGCGUCAAACAGCAGAUUUUUUUCUGUAGUCCACAAACUACAAAUCCCAACCUCUCUCGCCUUUAACAGAAAAAGCAAAGCCACACUUGCGCCGUAAGGGAAAGAAGUAGCUGCGUUGGGGACACAGUAGGGGAAGGGAAAGAGACGAGGUCUUUCAACAUAAAUGGAGGUUCAUCCGUAGCGGUGAGAGAAGAGCAGCUGCAAAAAAAAAAAAAAAUACAAGUCAAAAUGGCGAAAGAGCAGGAGGUCGAACGCAUUGCUAAAACGCUGGACAAAAUGGUGCACAAGAAAAACACGGAUGGUGCCAUAUAUCUGCUGAGGGAACUGAAGAGCAUGAAGAUGUCUCUGGAGACUCUACAGUCCACCAGGAUCGGCAUGUCGGUGAAUGCUGUGAGGAAGCAGAGUUCAGAGGAAGAGGUCCAGACUCUGGCCAAGUCACUCAUCAAGUCCUGGAAGAAACUACUGGAUGGUGCUGAGGGAAAGGCUGCGGAGGAGAAGAGGAGGGAGGGCUCUCCGCUGAGGUCAUCAACGUCCAAGGACAGUCCUGGAUCCAGUGACCAGAGCAAGAAACUGCCUGAGCCCCCUACGACCCCCACCACCCCUACGACCCCCACCUCUCCAAAGUUCACCUCCUUCCCCCAAGCCCCCGUCACCACUGACAGCGUACGCACCAAGUGCCGAGAGCUGCUGGUGGCUGCCCUGCAGACCGACGAUGACCACAAGACCAUUGGAGCAGACACGGACAACCUGGCUGCUCAGAUUGAGGACUGUAUCUACCAGGAGUUUAAGUCGACAGACCAGAAGUACAAGUCCAGACUGAGGAGCCGUAUCUCUAACCUGAAGGACCAGAAGAACCCGGACCUCCGACGCAACGUCCUCGCUGGGAACAUCUCUGCUGACCGUAUCGCUAGCAUGGCUGCUGAGGUACGGGAGGGGGGCGUGCGUAUCGCUAGCAUGGCUGCUGAGGUACGGGAGGGGGGCGUAUCGCUAGCAUGGCUGCUGAGGUACGGGAGGGGGGCGUAUCGCUAG